CUGAAGUCCUGCUAUAACCUGUGCAAACUACCGCUUGUUACAGUUAUGAGUUACUUAGUGUUCUAAAGAAACCACUCGUUCUUUAGACCACUUUUAUACCUUUUUUUCAACUCUCGCUGAUAUUUCUCAAAUAUCAAAGCUUCAAGAUCAUGGGUAUUGCGCAUACCUUGUUCGGGAUAUUGGGGAAUGGUUCUGGUUUGUUCCUCUUCUUGGCUCCAACAGUCACAUUCAGGAGAAUCAUCGUGAACAAAUCCACAGAGAAGUUCUCGGGCGUUCCUUACCCCAUGACACUGCUCAACUGUCUUCUUUCUUCUUGGUAUGGUUUGCCGUUUGUGUCUCCAAACAACAUACUUGUGACAGUUAUCAAUGGCACAGGGGCAGUGAUUGAAACUAUAUACGUUUUGAUCUUCGUCUUGUUCGCACCGAAGAAAGAGAAGGCUAAAGUUCUUGGUCUUUUCUCGUUUGUCGUAGCAGUGUUCUCUGGUGUCGUUUUGGUGUCCCUGUUAGCACUGCAUGGCCAAGCUAGAAAGAUCUUCUGUGGCUUCGCUGCUGCCAUAUUUUCCAUCAUCAUGUAUGGUUCACCACUCUCAAUAAUGAGGCUAGUGAUCAAAAGCAAGAGCGUGGAGUUUAUGCCAUUCUUCCUAUCGCUAUUUGUGUUUCUCUGCGGCACUUCUUGGUUUAUCUUCGGUCUGCUAGGUCAUGACCUAUUUGUGACAAUUCUUUUGGACAAGACCAUUAUUGACAAAGACUCAUAACUGGACGUGCAUGGCUUGUUUUGUAUUGUAGGUACCGAACGGCGUGGGUUCUGCGUUGGGGACAACGCAACUAAUACUGUAUUUUAUAUACCGUGAUAACAAAGGUGAUCCAAAAUCAGCAACAACAAAAGAAGAAGCCAUGGAAAUGGGUACCACCGAUAAUAAAGCCCCCACAUCAUCAAUAGAACCGAACCAAUCCAACUCAAAUGAAAAUCAAGAGGGACACGUCUAAGGACGCGUGUUAGUUUAAACCACCACCCUUAUCUUUGUGUACUGUACGUCUUUGCCAACAUUAUUAAGUGCCUCUUUGAUUUGAACAAUGCUUGUUGUAUCUUAGUACUUGUUAUAUUUGUGUUCCUCAAUCAUUUGUGCUUUACUUUCGGUAUGAUGAUAAUGUCGAGUUUAUAAGUA